ACUUUAAUUUGUUUUAAUAGCACCUUAUUGCCAAAGGCUCUAUGUAUGAAGAACUUGUAUCUAGAACUGAAGAUACUUUACACAUGGAUGUACAAAAUAUCUCAAGCCAGGAGUCCCUACAACAUGUUCUCACUGCUGCACUACAGGCAAAGAUUCAAGAAGCUAAAGAGAAAGUUCAGAUUAGUAUGGUCAAAUUGGAUGCGGUGUUGAAGAAUUCAACUGAGGUUUCACCAGACCUGGAUGUCAGGCUGAAAGUAGAAGAAUCACAGAAGGAACUUGAAUCAUACAUUACAAGGGCUGAGCAGCUCCUUGGCCAAAGAGACAGCCAGAGUGAACUGAUUUCAAAAUAUAAGGAAGCAAUAGCAAUUUUUAAUACUAAAAGUCUGGCCAAGUAUUUAAAAGCUGUUGAAGAACUGAAAAAUAAUGAAACCACGGAUGUAAAACUGACUUUGGACGCACAGAGCAGAGAUGUCUGUGCCAAAUGGGAGGCUCUUCAUCAUGAAAUGUCUUUGUAUAUUCAACAACUAAAAAUAGAUAUUCAAAAAGAAAAACUUACUGACAGCAUUUCAAAACUGGAAAGACAAAUAAAUAAGGAGAAGAAACUAAUCCGCAGAGGCAGGACCAAGGGUCUCAUCAAGGAACAUGAGGUAACCUGUUCCCAUUUAAAUUUUGUUGUCAUUUGGAGUUUAUUCCUCAAUGAUUGUGUAUGGUCCUUAGUUUACGGUUGAAUCUGCUUUGGAAUCUGCUGCCGCCUUGAAUUCCCUGGGAAUUAUCCCUUAUGUAGUUCACUUAACUAGAGCCUGUGCUUCUUGCUUUGUAGAAAUGAGAAAAACUCAGCACUGAAUUAAUAUUUUAUGAUUUCUCUUAAUAUGUCUCAGUGGCCCUUCUCUUCAAGACUGGCUACAUGUCGCCUGUUGUGACAUUCCCUCAGUUGCUUUGGUGAUGAUAUGGUGUCCCCAGAAGAGCAACUUUUGUGAGAGAUAACGAAUCAGAUAUAAACGCUCUGGGGCAAAUCUAAGAACCUCUUUUUGGUCCUUAGCCUAUUUGUUUGUCUCUAGGUACUUGACAGCAUUAACCCCU